UAGGAACAGACAUAGGUGGUGAGUUCUACUUCCGGUACAGGAUUGUCGAGGCAUCCAGGCUUUGUCCUGCUAAUUCGCCGUGUGGGAAGACGCCAUUUUAAGCGAAGUAAAGUGAGUUAUAUGUACGGAGUAAAAGGCUUCGGUUUUUUGUUCUACCUUUCGAGGCAUGAGUGACAGGGAGCAUAGCCCAAGUCAUAGUGGUUCUAAUCACAGCCCUCCGGCCAAUGAUAAGACGCCCUCUCCUGCAAAGUCGAGGGAACACAGCCGAAGCCGAUCUCAUUCAGAUAGUCAACACAAGUCUCAUCACAAAGGCAGAUCAUAUUCACGCUCCAGGAGUCAUUCUCGUACAAGAAGAAUGUCUUACCGUGGCCGCUACAGGUCGCGGAGCCGUUCACGGUCACCAAAGCGUUACAAGUCCCGUUACUCCCAUUCACGCUCCCGUUCCUACAGCCCUCGUGGGAAGUAUUAUGGAUACAGUGAUAGGCGGAAGGAAUUCUAUCGCAGUCACUCACGCAGCCCAAUGUCUUCUAGACGCAGACAUGUGGGGAGCAGGGAUAAUCCUCAGCCAAGCCGUUGCCUAGGAAUAUUUGGACUGAGUAUUUACACUACAGAACAGCAGUUACAUCAUAUCAUGUCCAAAUAUGGCCCCGUUGAGAGAGUCCAGGUUGUUAUUGAUGCCAAGACUGGUCGGUCUAGGGGAUUCUCUUUUGUGUACUUUGAGAGCUCGGAGGAUGCAAAAGUAGCGAAGGAGCAAUGUACAGGCAUGGAGAUAGAUGGUCGAAGAAUUCGUGUGGAUUUCUCUAUUACUCAGCGAGCUCAUACACCCACCCCUGGUAUCUACAUGGGGAAACCCACAUAUUUGAGAGAAGGCAGAGGCCAGUGGGGUGGGAGACAGAUGGGUGAAAUUGACUAUUAUGGUGGAGGUUACAGAGGUGGUGGUUACCGUGGUCGUUCGCCUUCUCCUUAUUAUCGUAGGCGACGUUACGAGCGCUCGCGGUCUCGCUCGUACUCUCCUCGUCGAUAUUAAACUUCUAGCACCAGAUUGGGGGCUUCGUUUUCACUUGAUGUGGACUAACUUCCAUUGCAUAAUCGUGUUGUGUCCCCCUAAAAGAUGGCUGACAGAUAAACAGUAGUGACUGACAGUUUACCGCUAUGCUGAAUGGAAUGAUUUUUGCAUUGAUAUAAUGUAGUGGACAGCCAGUCAUCAGUAUGAUUGUAUGAUUGAUUGAUUGAUUGAUUGUUAAUGACUUAAACAAGAAUAUUGAACAUUGUGUAUUCCUCUGAGAGUUAUGAGUUCUACUUAUUUUAAGGAAUAUGGUAGUACUGAUUUGGCACAUUCUGAAUAGUAGCUUAGGACAAAAUUUAAUAAUUUAGUAAUAAGUGAUUCGCAGAAUGUGAGUAAUUCUCUUUGGUUUGCAGUGUUUUCUCACGUUGCAUUUUGUUUAUUUUAUACUUCAUGUAAUGGCAGCAAAUAUUAACCUGUUUGUGUUCUUAGCAACCUAAGAUUGGUUACUGUUUUUAUGUUUCGCUGCAUUUUUUAUCAUCCAGUCACGAUUAAAAUGGAUUUCUUCUAGACAGUAGAUCUAAUAUUGUACCACUAGAACAAAUUAAAUUCAUUUAGUAUUAGCACAUUCUAAUAUGUCUUGUUUGUUUCAUUUUUGUAAGGUUAUGAUGAAGAAAGAGGUAUUGGAUGAAGUUUGAAGUAAAAGAAACAAAAAUAUGUAGCAAGUUAUCUCUGGGGAAGAAACCGAACAUGGAACAUCCACGUUCAAGUCUUCUUGAAGCUCACAUGAGAAAGAAUAUGAUCUGAAACUAUAGAAAACUCGAAUAAAGAAAUCUCAUCCGAGGCAAAUUCAGUCACAAGAAGUCGCUGGGGUUGGUUAGUCGGAAGAAUUACGUUACCAUUUUCAAGUUAGUCAAGAUGCUAAAAGCGAAGCAACAAGCUUGGAAAUAGUGGGAGUAGAAAAGUUUAGAAGUGGAUUAAGGAAGAAAACAAAGUGUAAGUUACUGGGGUGGUUACCUGGUUAGAUUGGGGAGGGCCUCAAAUUUCCUCUUCCCAUAUGUCAUAAUGUCUGUGCCUCAUAGCUGUUUGGUGGCUUCAGUGGUCUUGAAUGUAAAGACUUGGUAAGCAAAAAGUGCAGUACUGUAUGUGUGUCGAUAUACUGUUGGCAGUAAUGUCAUGGUUCAUGUAAAGUUCAGAAUGUGUUUAACUUCCAGUCGAAGUAGAAUUUCCACUGGUAGCAGCCGUGGGGUACCGAUGCUAGGGUCCUGUUCCAUUCAUCGAACAAAAGAAAUGCAAACUGUUUACACUAAACAGUUGAAAGCAAGACAGGUAUAGAAAUUGUGAAUGGAAUAUGACUACAUGAAAUAUUGUCAUGGUUGAAAUUUUUCAGUAGGAGAAUUUUUAAAGUAAUGCUUUAUCAGUUUGGUUUUGGAAAUAUUAACAGCAUUCACCUAUCCAGUGGUGAUCAUAUUCUUUAUCACAUUCAAGAUACCAAGUUAUAUUAAUGCCAUUUUCUCUCCUGUACAGCUGGAAGGCUAACUUCAGCCUGAUUCACAUGAAUAAAUCUAGUGUUGUUUUCCCUUCCUGUUUGUUGCAUUUUCAGCCCCUCUGUAUAUGUGCACAGUUAAAUGUGGCAUGUAAAUCAGGCUGAAGAUUGCUUCUGCAACAGUUGAUAAACACAUUCUUGUGAGUUGUAAGGAUUUUAAGCAGGUAGGUCAACAAUUACAUUUCGUUACUUCUAUACUUAAAGAAAUUUGUGGCUGUUAAAGAGCAAUAUAAUGGCUUUCAGAAA